AUGUUUGCAACACUGGGGUCAUGGGACGAGGGGAUUCGAGCAUUUCUUCAAGAUGCAGCCCAAAAAGCUCCUCAGCCCUGGGACAUGGACUAUGAAGAGAGGAGGCGAAUGACACAUGAACCGCGGGUGCGACGCCAAUUAGAGCUAGAGGACCAAUGGAAGUACACUUGCAUGGAAGGGAUAUGGGAUGGAAUGCGUCGUUUUGCACGUCCUACAGAAGAUUACAAGGUAUCAGAGGCUCGUUUUCGCGAGUACCUCGUUUCAGUAGGUAUUUCCAGUGAGUUUCUGGAGAAUAAACUUUAUGACGUUUUUAAGUCAGAGAAGAGCCCUGAAGUUGAUUUUCUUCGGACUUGCAAGGCGCUGCAUUUAGGUUUGACAGAGGUUGGUACCUCUUUCAAAUUUCUUGAACACUGUUACAAUUCUCUUGCCCUCAGUCCCGUUUCUGAAGAGCUGGAUCGUGCUACUAUCCAGCGCGCCUGUGAGUUGCAGCGCCGCAGGAAUGAUAAAAAGACCGCAUUAACAGCGUGGGAGUUGAAGUUGCAGCAACUAGAGGGUGUUUUGCAGUACUUUGAAGAGACAGGGGAGACGAGCUUCGACAUUGGUGCCUUUCGUUCCAUGUUCUUUGACGAAAAGUGGCGUUAUUGGGCGGGGAGCUUCAUCAAACCAUUACUCGAAGCAGCUGCAAAGUACUUUAGCUUCCCAUAUGGCGUUUUCCCCACCAUUCCUUUGCGGUGGACAAAGACGACGGAGCCUCUGCCCUACGACAGGCAUGCUGUGUAUGACGCGGAUUCGCUUCUUUUGCGAAACGUUGAACUAGCAGGAGGCGACACUGCUGCGAAGAAGAAAAAAGGCCGGAAAAGUAGCCGUCGUUUCUCUCCGAGAAGAAGGUGA